CAUAAGAUACUGAGGUCUGCUGAGAGAGCGAGAGAGAGAAGAUGAGGAGAGAAGACAAGAGACAGAAAGCCACUGGUUGCUUAUAGACACUCAAGCUCAAGAAGGGCACAGACAGCCUGCCUAUGUGUGGCUCCUUCCAAGGCUUUACAGCCACCUUCUCUUCAUGUACCUCAGUCAUGUUAACCUCAGAGAAGUCAUCUCAACCUGCGGAGGUCACUGCAGCGAUGCCCGGAAAACAGGAUGUUGACAUGACAUCAUGGAGUGAGGCAGACUUUGAGGACAACUGCACUUACAUUGUAAAGGACCAACCUCUGGAGGACGAGUCCAAAAACAACGGCAAGACACGAGCUGAGAGAUCCUUGCCCAGAAACCUGGCCCUGAAACACUGCAACAAUUCAGCGGAGGUGCUUGGGGUGAUCACUAAGGAGCUCAUUCCUAAGGGGACACGUUUUGGCCCUUUGGUGGGGGAGAGCUACACCAACGAAACCCUGCCAAAAGACGCUGACAGGAAGUACUUUUGGAGGGUCUUCUCAGAGGGGCACUUACACCACAUUCUUGAUGGUUUGAAUGAGGAGCGGAGCAACUGGAUGCGUUACGUGAAUCCAGCGUGUUCUGUGGAGGAGCAGAACCUGGUUGCAUGCCAGAGUGGCCUGGACAUAUUCUUCUACACCACCAAACGACUUCAACCAGGCCAGGAGCUUCUGGUGUGGUACUGCACUGAAUUUGCCCAGCGCUGUAACUACCCUCCACUGGGACAACUGGCUAUUGACAAAAAUGAACAGAAUCCAUCCAAGAAGACAACAAGGAAGCGAGGACAUACCGUUUCUGAAAUCCUACGAGACGAGCCCUCCAAAUCCCCUUCUACCUGCAUCAGGCAUCUGGACAGUUUUUUGUCUCAGACAAAUGUCUCUGCAGAUUUUGCUUUGUGUCCCAGUGUUGUCUACCCAGUUCAGCCCAUUUCUGAAUCUAUGCAUGGCAAUAGAUAUGCAUUUCUACCACCUCUGCCAUCCUGUAGCCCUCCAGCUGCUAAAAGGCCAGCACUAAGUACUCCUGUCCCUUCUAGUCUGCACUUUACCUUUCAGCACAGUCAAGGCCCUUCUGGAGCAAAACCCUUACCAAGAUCCCUCUAUGGCCUGAUAUUGCUAACUGCUCUUGCGCAUGGCCCCUAUUUACUGCCUCACUACUCACUUGGCCUUCUAGCUCAUUCAUAUCCAUUCUACAGUGAUCGACUGAAACCUCACUUGGCCUUCUCAUCCCAUUUAUUGCCUUUUGACAGCUAUGCCACAUUUCCAAUCGCCUUUAUUAGUGGUUGCAAAGAUUUGACACUUAAUUCCAAACCAGACCUCUUUCUUUCACCGAUCCUGAGCACAAGACAACAGGACCUCAUAUCCAAUAAGACAGCCUACCUCAGCAUCCCCUCAAAGGACCUCAGAGAUUUCAAACACUCCCCUCCCAGCAAUAUUCACACAGACCUCACUAUUCCUGCCACAUCCACCGCCUCAUCCAGGGUCACUAAAAUCUGCGGUGCACUGCCCUCUCUUGCACCUGGAGGAUGUUCACCACCAGAGGGAAUGGCAGCCUCCUCAAACUGCCUCCCUUCCAAACUUACCUCCGCCACUCAAAGCGAUGCUGAGGAUGCAAUGGCCCUAAAAAAGACCAAGCGAAGUGGGCAGAUAAUUGGCUACAAGACCCUGUCCUACCCUCUCAUGAGGCAGAAUGGAAAGAUCCGAUAUGAAUGCAACAUCUGUGGAAAGAUCUUUGGACAACUGUCUAACCUUAAGGUUCAUCUGCGAGUUCACAGCGGGGAGCGUCCCUUCAGGUGUCAGACCUGCAAUAAGAACUUCACUCAGCUUGCACACCUGCAGAAACACUACCUGGUUCACACAGGAGAAAAGCCCCAUGAAUGCAAGGUGUGUCACAAGCGAUUCAGCAGCACUAGUAUGAAGACCCACCAGCGGCUACACUCAGGUGAGAGGCCUUACCAUUGCAAGCUCUGCCAGCCCGCUUUACUCAAGUUCAUCCACCUCAAGCUCCACAAGCGCCUCCACACGGGGAGGCCACACCGCUGCCCUCACUGCCCCAGUGCCUAUCUCCACUACUGGAGCCUCCAGUUGCACCUUCAAGGCUUCUGCUUUCUUAUCCUCAGCCUCACAAGAUACUCCUCAGAAGAGCUACUUCGAGGUCACUCUGAGAUUGAGAGAUUUGACAUGAGUGAGGCGGCAGAGCAGCUUGAAGCCAUGGCUGCAGAGGUUGAGAUGAGAGGGAAUGUUACUGACCUAAUACAAAAGAUAGAGACUCGUUGUCUCAGGCUACAAGGAUGCUGACGGAGGGGAAUCUGAGAGGAGCAUCUACAAAUUAGUAAAGAGCGCUCCGGUGUUCAGCUACAUCACAGCAGUUCUGCAUCGCUGUAUCCAGCCAGCAUCAAGCUGGAGUCAAGCUGCAUAUCAGAGCCCUAAGACAACUCUGCUAAUCCAUCCAUAUAAUCCUUACAGGUCAACUCGGCAGCUGUCUGUUACUGCCCUAUUUGAAGCAAAGCCUUAUCUCAAUCAUGGAUUGCCUAACCUAUACUCUACAUAGACUGCAACAUGUGAAAAAUCAAGACUUAACCAGC